AUGAUUCUAGGUUUCUCCGACAACGUCGAGGCUGCAGUUGUUCAGACUUACGGGGAAAGUCUGUUACGCCCAGGCACCACUAUCUUGGACACGGUCAACGCCCAUUUCAAGCUCUCUAAUGGGUCGAGCGCUGAAGUCCACGUUUCAUGGUUGAACCCUCAUAAGAAACGAAAGAUGACGGUGAUCGGAGAGGAAGCAACAGCUGUUUUUGACGAUACAGAGCCAUGGGAGUCUAAGCUUCGUCUGUUCAAGAACAAGAUCGACUGGACGAGCGGUCAUCCGGAGGCACCAGACGGCCGAAUGGAGGUUGUAGCUCUGGAGAAGCUCGAGCCGCUCGCCAUUGAAUGCCAGCACUUUGUUGAGUGCGUUGGUACCGGCAAAGUCCCAAAGACUGAUUUGGCCGAGGGCAUAGCCGUUGUUAGCGUACUCGAAGCCGUUGAAAAUCAGCUACGAAUGCGGGUAUCCCUUCGACAACCGAGCGCCUUGACUGCCGGAUUACAUCUAUAUCCGAAGGCAGAGGUCCUCGAAGAAAUCCCACGUCCGACAUUGCCAGAAAAGAUUGUCAAAAUCUCCAUCAUUGAUCUCCAGUCUCAGAUGCGCCGAAUCCAACAGCCCCUUGAACGGAGGAUGUCCCAAGUCUUCAAUCACAUGAAAUUCAUCAUGGGACCCGAGGUGUACGAACUCAAAGAAAGACUAUGUGCUUUGACAGAAGCUACGAACGCAGUCACCUGUGCAAGCGGCACCGACGCCUUGACAUUGGCAAUGUUAGCCCUUGGAGUUGGUCCUGGAGAUGCAGUUCUCGUGCCAGCACUAACCUUCAUAGCUUCUGUGGAGCCAGUGGUUUUGCUUGGCCCUGUUCCAGUAAUCGUGGAUGUGGAAUCACAGACAUUGACCAUCAAUCCGGCUCAAAUUGGCGCAGGUGUUGCCACUGCACGAAAAGCCGGUCUUAGGCCUGUCGGUGUCAUUGCUGUGGAUUUGUUCGGGACACCCGCGAAUUACAACGGUAUCCGUUCUGCCAUGGCUGAGUUAGAGGACGAGUGUCUAUGGAUUAUCGCCGACGCUGCCCAGAGCUUUGGAGCAAGUGUUAACGGGGCGAAAGUUGGCACAUUGGCCGAUAUUACCACGACCAGUUUCUUCCCUUCCAACCCCUUGGGCUGCUGGGGAGACGGUGGAGCGGUAUUAACCAACAACCCGAAGACUGCUUCUAUGCUCCGGUCUUUGCGCCUCCAUGGGCGAGACGAGAAAGAGAAAUAUGAAAAUGUCCACAUAGGAGUCAAUAGCCGACUCGACACCAUACAGGCAGCGAUUCUCCUUUGCAAGCUCGAUAUCCUAGCUGACGAGAUAGCUUUGAGACAAGUGGUAGCGUCUCGUUAUACCAGCCUGCUCCUAAACGAAGUCGACGACAACAAUGGGUCGAAUUCAACUCUCUGUCGGCCAGCCGCUCUGCCACUCGACGGGACCGUCUCGGCGUGGGCAGCUUACACGAUUCGAACGACUGACACGAAACAAUAUGUCCCGACCUCUACGCCCCAAGUGCCCUAA